AUCUUUUUAACGGAGCCCCAAUUGCCGAAAACAUGCCUCCAUCAUCUUCAGUGUCCCCGGCCCCGCUUCCGGCAGCGACACCGUCCCAAAAGACAGGCAUACCCGCCGAACGAUAUGUCGGAUUCUUUGCUGGACUGGCGUCGGGGGCUACAAAGCUGUUGGUUGGACAUCCUUUCGAUACCCUCAAGGUUCGAUUACAAACAGAGGGUGGAUUUGGGCGGUUUAAAGGGCCACUAGAUUGUCUUCGGUCGACAAUUCGUAAAGAAGGCUUUCUAGCUCUUUAUAAAGGCGCCACACCACCGCUCUUGGGCUGGGCACUCAUGGAUUCUGUCCAAAUGGGCUCACUCAACAACUUUCGUUUGAUUCUUCAAGGUGGUGAUCCACAAUCCCCUCUCACCGUUCCCGAAUGUGCCUUGGCGGGUCUAGGUGCCGGCGUGGUUGUCUCCUUUGUUGCAACGCCUGUGGAGGUCUUGAAAGGGCGGUUGCAGGUUCAGUAUGAUAGUGCUACCAAAGUGUAUGCUGGUCCUAUAGAUUGUGCGAGGCAGUUGAUUCGAAAUAAUGGUAUUGCAGGGAUAUACAAGGGCCUAAGUGCCUGCAUCUUGUUUCGAAGUUUCUUUUGGGCGCUCUGGGGCUCCUAUGAGAUAUAUAAAAAUACGUUUACGGCAUGGGGCAUGCCGCCUUCCAUGCUCUCCUUUUUUGCCGGUGGUUGUGCCGCCAACACGUUUUGGACCAUUAGUUUCCCGGCCGACGUCGUGAAACAACGCAUGAUGACCCAACCCGAUACAAAGCCCGCUCGAUACCCGACAUUGCGCAGUUGUUUUGCGCAUAUUUACCGGACAGAGGGUAUUCGAGGAUUUUACAGAGGGUUUGUUCCCUGUUUUCUUCGAUCAUUCCCCACGAACGGUGCGGCCAUUUUUGUAUAUGAGACGAUGAUGAGGGCUGGAAAGGGGUUUGUCGAGUCGUGAUGCGCUCGUGUAGAGACUUUCUUGUACCUAGUUGGAGGCAUAUUGUACAGUUUUUUUUAUGUGUGGGGGUUUAUAUGUGGAUAGAUGAACGUCAUAGAAAUACCGGGUCACAUACUCGUAAUGAAACAUUCCUUGGCAGACAAUGGUAAAUA